CAGCAGCAGCAGCAGCAGCAGAGGGUGUGUGGGUGCUGGUGCUGCGCAGCGCACGACGCGGAGCCGUACUCUGCAGUGCAGAAGUGCAAGGAGAAAAAAAAAGAUGACAGAAAGAGGCGGAAGAACAGCAGCCCCGCAGAGGCUGAGAGCGGGGACAUCUACGGGUGGCUGAAGAGCAGCAACAAGUUCAGAGCCACCGUCAGGACUCAGGGAGUUUCCACCACUGACAUCAUCGUCCGCAUUCUCCAGAACUACGAAGACUACGUCGACAGGUCUCUCUCUCGAGGAGUCAAGCCUAAAGACAUGAACAUUGGAUACACCAAAGCCAACGCAAUUAAGAUGAAGAAAAACAUGCAAAGGUGGGGCGAGAAGGUGUCCGACGAAUUGACGAAAGUGACGCUGACUGACCGUCCGCUGGGCGUGCACUUCGACGAGAGCGUGGAGAAGCUGCGGAACAGCAUCCACCAAACUUACGACAACUGGCGCGGGCGGUCGCACCGGCUGCUGCGGGGCUUCGCGAGCAAGUUCGAACCCAUGGUGCGCAGCGCAUGCAGCCGCGGCGUGGGGAAGGUCCCGGGGCAGCCGUGA